AUGGAUUACAACUCGAUUGUUUUUCGCGAAUUUACUCAUGAAUCUUUAAGACGUAUUGAACGUUAUAGAGAAGAAGAAGCUGAACGUAUUGCUUCUGAACGUUUACAACGACAAACAAUACAUGAAGAUGAUAAUGAUGAACAUCGUUCUAUGAAAAAAUCAUUAAAAUAUGAAUCAAUCAAUUCUAAAUUAAUGCCUAAUAAAGAAUUAGCUGUUGGACAAACAUUACCACGUAUAUUACAAAAUAAAUUUCCAAUUGAACUUAUUGGUAAACCAAUUGAAGAAAUUGAUUGGUAUUAUCGUACGGAAUAUGCUUUUGUAGUUAUUAAUCGAAAUAAAACAAUAUUUCGAUUUAGUUCAACAUCAGCUUGUUUUAUAUUUUCACCAUUUAAUUGUUUUCGACAUUUAGCUAUACGUAUAUUAACACAUUCAUUAUUUAGUACAUUUGUUAUGAUUACUAUUUUAACUAAUUGUGUAUUUAUGACACUUAAAAAUGUACCAGAAACAAAUGAAUAUGUUUUUACAAUAAUUUAUACACUUGAAGCAUUAACAAAAUGUGUUGCACGAGGAUUUAUUUUAGAAAAACAUACAUUUUUACGUGAUCCAUGGAAUUGGUUAGAUUUUAUUGUAAUAACACUUGCAUAUAUAACAUUUUUUGUUAAUUUGGGAAAAGUUGCAGUAUUAAGAACAUUUCGUGUAUUACGAGCAUUAAAAACUGUUGCAGUUGUACCUGGUUUAAAAACAAUUGUUGAUGCAUUAAUACAAUCACUUAUUUGUUUACGAGAUGUAACUGUUUUAUCAAGUUUUAUUCUUUCAAUAUUUGCAUUGGUAGGAUUACAAUUAUAUAUGGGUGUUCUUCGACAAAAAUGUGUACCAACUUAUGAAUCAUUUUUAAAUAAUUCUAAUAUUUCUAAUAUUGGAUUUAAUAUGUCAUAUGAAACUUAUUUAGAAGAAAUUAAAAAUGAAAUUUAUUGGUAUCAAGAAGAUGAAAUUUUUGUUCUUUGUGGUAAUGCAAGUGGAAGUCGACGAUGUCCACAGGGUUAUGUUUGUUGGAAAAAUCGAGGCAAAAAUCCUGAUUUUGGAUAUACAAGUUUUGAUAGUUAUGGUUGGGCUAUGCUUUCAUGUUUUCGUUUAAUGACACAAGAUUUUUGGGAAAAUCUUUAUCAACAAAUAUUAACAACAGCUGGUCGUUAUCAUUUUUUUUAUUUUGUUGCUGUCAUAUUUUUUGGUUCAUUUUAUUUGGUUAAUUUAAUCUUAGCUAUUGUAUCAAUGUCUUAUCAAGAACAACAAAAAAAAGUUCAAGCUGAAAAUGAAGAACGUGAAAGACGUAAAAUUGCAAAUGAACUUGAAGAACAAAAUGAAGAAGCACGUAAAAUAUCAGAAUUACAUGCACUUUUACCUAUUGAUAAUGAACAAUAUAUUGAAAAUGUAUUAUGUUUUGAAAAUCUAAAUCGUGAAAAUUCAUAUUCAAGUCUUUCUAUUGAAUAUGAACAAAAUCAAAAAAAAAAUGAUUUAAAAUAUAAAGAAUCAUUACAAGCAUCACCAUCAAUGUUUCAAUUUGAAAAUUCAAGUUUUAUUUAUUCUAAUCCAACAACAAGUGAUACAACAACAACAAUACCAUUUUUUGAAGAUACACAACAAAAUUCAACAAAUGAAGAUAGAAAAAGUCAACGAACAAGAGCUUUUUCUUAUUUAUCUGAACGACAUAAACAUGAUAAUGAUUCAACUGUUACACUAUAUCAAACAAGACCUCAUAUAAAAUAUGCACCCAUUACUGAUGUAUUAACUGCUAGACAUUCAGAACAAACAAGUAUUCGAUCAAAAAAUAUGGAUUCAAGUAAUACAUUUGAUCGACCAAUAGUUAAACUUCUAAGAAUUUAUUGUUACGAAUGGUCUUGUCAAUCACGAAUAUUUCAAAAAUUUCAAGCUGCUAUUGCUAUUUUUAUAUUGGAUGCAUUUGUUGAUUUAUUUAUAACAAUAUGUAUUAUAUUAAAUACAUUAUUCAUGGCACUUGAUCAACCUGGUCAAAGUGAAAAAAUGACACGUAUAUUAACAACAGGCAAUUAUGUUUUUACAAGUAUUUUUACAGCUGAAGCUAUAUUAAAAAUAAUUGCAAUGACACCAAUUAAAUAUUUAAAAGAUGGAUGGAAUGUAUUUGAUUUAUUAAUUGUUACACUUAGUCUUGUUGAAUUAGGUCUUGCUAAUAUAAAAGGUUUAAGUGUUUUACGUUCAUUUCGAUUAUUACGUGUAUUUAAAUUGGCUAAAUCAUGGCAAACAUUAAAUCGUCUUAUGUCAAUUAUUGGUAAAUCAAUAGGCGCUUUAGGAAAUUUAACAUUAGUACUUGUUAUAAUAAUAUUUAUAUUUGCUGUUAUGGGAAUGCAGUUAUUUGGUCAACGAUAUGCAGAUAAAUUUGGUAAAGAAAUGCCUAGAUGGACAUUUUUUGAUUUUUUUCAUGCAUUUAUGAUUGUUUUUCGUGUCUUAUGUGGUGAAUGGAUUGAAUCAAUGUGGGUUUGUCUUGAAUGUGCUGGAUGGCCAUGUAUUCCAUUUUUUCUGUUUACAUUUGUCAUUGGUAAUCUUGUGGUCUUAAAUUUAUUUUUGGCUUUAUUACUUGCAUCAUUUGGUUCAAAUGUUUUAAGUGAACGUGAAAAAGAAGAUGAUGACAAUAAAAUUGGUGAAGCUAUAGAUCGUUUUCAACGAUGUUUUCGUUAUAUAAUUCGACAUUUAUUUGGUUUAUUUCGUCGAAAAAAAAUAAUAGAAAAUAAUAUUAAUGAAAUUGUUCCUUAUAAUCGAUCUCGUCCUGCAACACAAGAAUUAAUUAGUAAUAUUCCUUUACCAACAUUAAUUGAUUUUGAAAAAAAUAAUACAUCAUUAAUUAUAACUAAUAAUUCAGCUAUGAAUAAUGAAGAUAUUGAAAUGCAACUUAUGAAUGAUAAUUCUAUUCGAACAAUAAAUUCUAUUACAUGGGAAAAUCUUCAUAUGCCACCGGAUUGUUGUCCUCGAAUAAUAUCAAAACAUUUCAAUUGUUGUAUUAAAUGUAUUCCAAUAAAUAUUCGACAACGAUGGACAUAUCUUCGUAGUAGAGCUCAUCGUCUUGUUGAACAUCGUUUUUUUGAAUGGCUUAUUAUUGGUAGUAUAUUAGCAAGUAGUACAACAUUAGCAUUAGAAGAUAUAAAUACACGACAACAACCAAUAUUUUAUAAAAUUUUAGUUGUAUUAGAUAAAAUUUUUACAGUUAUUUUUACAAUGGAAUUAAUAUUAAAAUGGUUUGCAUAUGGAAUAAAAAAUUAUUUUACAUAUGGUUGGAAUUGGUUAGAUUUUUUUAUUGUACUUGUUAGUGUACUUGGAGUUAUGCUUGAUUGGCUUGGUGUUGCUGAUAUACCAGCAUUUAAAUCUAUGAGAACAUUAAGAGCUUUACGUCCAUUAAAAGCACUUUCAAGAUUUGAAGGAAUGCGAGUUGUUGUUAAUGCAUUAAUUGGUGCCAUACCAGCAAUUUUUAAUGUUUUACUUGUUUGUCUUGUAUUUUGGUUAAUAUUUUCAAUAAUGGGUGUACAAUUAUUUGGUGGAAGAUUUUAUAAAUGUGUUUAUGUUGGUACACAUGAUCGUGUUAAUUUAACAGAAAAUAUAGCAAAUAAAAUUGAUUGUUUAAAUAAUAAUUUUACAUGGGAAAAUUCACGAGUUAAUUUUGAUAAUGUUGUUAAUGGAUAUUUAGCUUUAUUUCAAGUUGCAACUUUCAAAGGUUGGGUUGAAAUAAUGGCGGAUGCAACAGAUGCUAAAGAAAUAGAUGUUCAACCAGAAUUUGAACAUAAUGUUUAUAUUCUUGUUUAUUUUGUUUUAUUUAUUAUAUUUGGUUCAUUCUUUACUCUUAAUUUAUUUAUUGGUGUUGUUAUUGAUAAUUUUAAUCAACAAAAACGAAUAUUAAGAGGUGGUGGUUCAAUAGAAAUGUUUAUGACAGAUGAUCAAAAAAAAUAUUAUAAUGCUAUGAAAAAAAUGGGUACUAAAAAACCAACUAAAGCAUUACCAAGACCAAGAUUUUCUCUUGCAAAAUUUUUUUUUGAUUUAACAACAAAUCAAAAAUUUGAUAUAUUUAUAAUGAUAUGUAUUUUUCUUAAUAUGCUUUGUAUGUGUCUUGAACAUCAUGAUCAAAGUCCUACUUAUGAUCGUGUUCUUGGUUAUAUUAAUAAUUUUUUUGUUGCUAUAUUUACAAUUGAAUGUUUUAUGAAAUUAGUUGCAUUAAAUUUUAAAUAUUUUACUAUACCAUGGAAUGUAUUUGAUUUUAUUAUUGUAAUUGCAUCAAUACUUGGACAAGUAUUAGGAGAAAUUAUGGAGAAAUUUAUUGUUAAUCCAACAUUAUUACGUGUUGUUCGUGUUGCACGUGUUGGAAGAGUAUUACGUCUUGUAAAAGGAGCAAAAGGUAUUCGAACAUUACUUUUUGCAUUAGCUGUUUCAAUGCCUGCUUUAUUUAAUAUUGGUCUUCUUCUUUUUCUUGUCAUGUUUAUUUAUUCAAUAUUUGGUAUGUCAUUUUUUGCUUAUGUUAGAAAAUCAGCUGGUGUAACAGCUUUAUUUAAUUUUGAAACAUUUCCUAAUUCAAUGAUUAUACUUUUUCAAAUGUGUACAACUGCUGGUUGGUCUGGUGUUUUACAAGCAUUAACAAAUGAUCGACCACCUGAUUGUGAUCCAACUAUAUAUUCACCAUCACAUCGUGGUGAUUGUGGUAAUAUGGCUAUAGCAAUACCAUUUCUUGUUAGUUAUUUAAUAAUUAGUUCACUUGUUGUGGUUAAUAUGUAUAUUGCAGUGAUUUUAGAAAAUUUUUCUCAAGCACAAGAAGAUGUACAACAAGGCUUAACCGAUGAUGAUUAUGAUAUGUAUUAUGAAAAAUGGCAACGUUUAGAUCCAUCUGGUUCACAAUUUAUACGGUAUGAUCAAUUAUCAAAUUUUGUUGAUGGUCUUGAACCACCAUUACGUAUACCUAAACCAAAUCAUUUAUUACUUGUUGCUAUGGAUUUACCUAUAUGUGAAAAUGAUCGUAUGCAUUGUGUUGAUAUACUUGAUGGUCUUACAAAACAUUUUCUUGGUACACUUGAUUCAUCACCAACAACAACAGAAUCAGAUGCACCUAUUGAUAUAAAAAAAGAUCGUCCAAAAGAUUAUCAUCCAAUAACAACAACAUUACAACGUCAACGUGAAAAUCAUUUAAGUCGAAUUGGUUUAAAAGGUUUUCAAUAUAAUGUUCAACAACGUCGAAAAGAACGACAAUAUCAAGAACCAAAACUUGAAAGAGCUACAAUUGAUGAACUCAUUGAAUUAGAUGAUUUAGAAACACCAAUAUUAAUAUAUGAUAAUAAUCAAAAUCAACAAACAAAUCGAAUAGGAUCAUUAUGA